AUGGCGGACUCCGAACUUCCCACUCGACCCAAGCCUGAAACCAACGAGGCCGCCGCGCCCGCCGCGGAGGGUGCCGAGAGCAAGAGUGCAAGCAAGAAUGCGCUGAAGAAGGCGGCCAAGGACAAGGCUAAGGCUGAGAAGGCGGCUGCCCGUGCCGCGCAGGAGAAGGCCCAGGCCGCGGCACAGGACGCCAAUGACACAGCCAAGGACCUGUACGGCCCGAUCCCCGAGACCGAGGAUGUUAUCCCCACCACACGAUUCAGCGAGUUCUCAGAUGACUCUUAUGAGAAGGAAGUGACUGUUGUAGCACGCGUCGACAAUGCGCGAGUUCAGAGUGCCAAGCUGGCAUUCUUGAUGCUGCGACAGCAGGGCCAGAAGGUCCAGGCCGUUAUUGCGGCUGCUGAGCCUAUCUCGCGACAGAUGAUCAAAUACACCGGUGGAUUGAACGUCAACUCGAUCGUUCAGGUCACCGGUAUUGUCAAGAAGCCCGAAGUUCCUAUCUCAUCGGCAACCCUCAGCCACCUUGAGCUCCACAUCCGCAAGGUCUACAUGAUCUCCGAGGCCGCUCAGCAGCUGCCCAUGCAGGUCAAGGAUGCCGAGCGCCCUCCCCCAGAAACCACCGAUGAGGGUGCUCAGGUCGAUGCUGAGGGUGCACCUAUUGUGACUCUCAAGACCCGUCUCGACAACCGAGUUCUGGACCUGCAGACUGAAACCAGCCAAGCCAUCACUCAGAUCUCCAGCGGAGUUGCUGAGCUGUUCACCGAAUACAUGAUCAAAAGCGGUUCACGGUGGAUAUUCACCCCCAAACUGGUCGGUGCGGCCACUGAGGGUGGUAGUAAUGUGUUUGAGGUCAAGUACUUCAAGCGCAGUGGUUACCUGGCCCAGAGCCCCCAGCUGUACAAGCAGAUGUGUAUCGCUGGAGACAUGGAGAGUGUGUUCGAGGUUGCCCCCGUUUUCCGUGCCGAAGACAGCAACACCCAUCGACAUUUGACAGAGUUUGUCGGUCUUGAUUUCGAGAAGACCUUCCAUGCUCAUUACCAUGAGGUUUUGGACUUUGCCGAAGAUCUUCUGGUUUUCAUUCUCACCCAGCUUAAGGAGCGAUACGGCGCUCAGAUCGCGAAUAUUCAGAAGUCUUACCCCAAGGCCGGUGAUUUCAAGCUACCCAAGGACGGCAAGGCCCUGCGUCUGAACUACAUGGAUGGUCUCGCUCUCUUGAAGGAGGCCGGUGUCGAUAUGUCGGAGCAGGAGCGGUUCGAGAAUGACUUCACCACCGCAAUGGAGAAGCAGCUGGGCCAGAUCAUCCGCGACAAAUAUGAUACCGACUUCUAUGUGCUGGACAAGUUCCCCAUGUCCGUUCGUCCUUUCUACACCAAGGCCGAUCCGAAAGACCCGCGUUUCUCCAACUCGUAUGACUUUUUCAUGCGUGGCGAGGAAAUCAUGUCUGGUGCCCAGCGUAUCCACAACAUCGAUGAGCUGGAGGCUUCCAUGCGCUCUAAGGGCCUAGACCCGACCCAGGAGGGCUUUGAGGAUUACCUGAAUGCUUUCCGCCAGGGCUGUCCCCCGCAUGCCGGUGGUGGUCUGGGUCUGAACCGCAUUGUGAUGUUCUUCCUCGGUCUGCCCAAUGUGCGCCUGGCGUCACUGUUCCCUCGUGACCCGCAGCGCCUGCGUCCUUAA